AUGAGGUCUGAUCCAGAAAAAUACACUCGAGAAAAAGAGAAGGAACGGCAGAGGUACUUAAAAAGAAAAGAAAGUAAGAAAAUUUUAAGUAUUAAAGAUUUGACACCAAAAGCUAAAAAGUUACAAAGGAAAAAAUGGAGAGAAAAUUUCAAUAAAUUUUACCAAAGGAAACUAUUACUGAAACAAGGACAAAAACUUAUGGAUGUUAAUACUCCGAGUGAUAGUGAAACCAACCCCUUAAGAAAUGAUAAUGAUGAGGAACAUGAACAGCAUGAUAUACGAGACCACGAUACAAACCCAGAACGAGAACAAAGAAAUGAAGAGGUCUUGUCUGAAACUAAACACUUUACUGUUAGAGAAAGAAAUGAGGAAACAAAAAAAAACUAUUAUCAAAAGUUAAAACAGGAUAUUGCAACCUUUUUUGACAGAGACGACAUUUCAAGAAUGACUGCUGGAAAAAAAGAAUGUAUAUCCCGGGACAAGAUUAAAAAACAACGAAGAUAUUUAUUAGAUUCCAUGAAAAAUCUUCAUAAAUUUUUUGAAGCAGAAAAUACCAAAGUUAGUUAUUCAUAUUUUUGCCAGCAAAGGCCAUUUUGGGUACUCAUACCAGAUGUCAGUGACAGAGAAACAUGUUUGUGUAAAACUCAUGCGAACAUAGAACUAUUGUUGAAUGGACCUUUGCUUAAAACAAAAUCCUAA